AUGGCGACUAAACCAGCUCCGCGGGUCGUGAAGGUCGCCGCAGCUCAACUCGGGCCAAACCAGAAGGCUGCUUCGCGGGCCUCAAUUUUGGAUCGCAUGUUGAAGCUGAUGGACGAAGCAGCAGCCCAAGGGGUCAAGAUAUUGGCAUAUCCAGAGCUAGCCCUUACAACAUUCUUCCCCGUCCACUACUUGGCUGACGAAGAUGAGAUCGCGAGCUACUUCGAGCCCACAUCAGCGGCUGACCCCUACGCAGUCUUGUCAUCACCUCAUGCCAAGCCUCUGGUCGAUAAGGCGAAUGCGCUUGGCAUCGACUUCUACAUAGGCUUCGCAGAGCGGUGGACCGGGGAGGAUGGCAAAACAACGGAUUACAACACCUGCAUAUACUACUCUGUCGCAGCGAAGAAUGGGGUAGGAAAAUACCGGAAGGUUCAUCUCCCGGGAACCAAGGAACCCCUGCCUAAUCCGAAGGCAUUCCAGCAACUGGAGAAGAAGUACUUCACCCCAGGAGAUCUUGGGUUCCCGGCUUUUCGAGCCCCAGGCCUCAUCGACGGCGCAUUGAAAGCCGAGGAUGUAGGGCAAGAGGCGAACUCGGUUGCGAAAGGUGAUCCUAUCAUGGGCAUGUUAAUUUGUAAUGACAGAAGGUGGCCCGAGGCGUGGAGGCCGUACGGGUUACAGGGUGCAGAACUCGUCAUCGAAGGCUAUAACACAACUGCAUGGGCUCCGCAGUACGACGGCACCCCUGAAGAGCAGCAGAAACUUGCCGAGUUCCACCACCGGCUAUCUUGCCAGGCCGGCAGCUACCAGAAUGCGCUGUGGAGCAUCAACGUUGCAAAGUGCGGUAUCGAGAACGAGCAAGGGUUGAUCGCCGGCAGCAUGAUCAUCGAUCCGCUCGGAAGGGUGGUCGCGGAGUCUAAGACUAUGGAUGAUGAGCUCAUUGUCGCGACCAUCGAUCUCUCCAUGUGCCAAUCCCAGCGAGGGAGGGUGUUCAACUUCGAGAAGCACAGAAGGCUGGAGCAUUAUGGUAUGAUCUCAGAUCAGGUUGGGUUGCAAGAGAUUCCUUUGCUCAGCAGAGCGUCAUAA